AUGGCCGCGCCCAGCCCUGGGCACGCCCACCACGGCCCUUGUCGUGUCAACACGACUGUAUUCAUAUCCAACCUGCACUGCCCCUCUUGCGUGACCAGCAUCCAAGAGGCCCUGCAGACCCUCGACCCCGCCCCGGAUUCCAUUUCUCACAGCAUCGUGUCACACUCCGUCACCCUCUGCCACGACCCCGGCCUGCCGGUCCAGCACAUCUCCGACUCUCUGGAACUCGCUGGCUUCGAGGUCCACAGCAUCUUCCGAGACUCCCACCCGGUCCACGCCCCCGACUCCUCUCCCGACGAGCUUGACGACAACGAUGCCGAGUGGGAGAAGAGCCUAGAGCAAGCCGUCCGCCGCUGGAGCCAGUGGAGAAAUAGCAGCAAGGUCCCCGACAUGACGAAGCGCCAGAGGCACAUCCAACAGUGCGCGCAGUGCGCCGCUGAGUGCGACCCUUCCAAGAAACAUGCCGCUGGUUCGGCUCACGAGCUUGAUGCUCUGCGCCUCGUCGACUCGGAGAAGGGCUUCAGUGUCGAGAAGCACAGCAUCGACUCGGGCCUCUCCGGGAGAUUCAGCCUCGACUCGGUCGUGUCCACUGCCCCCGAGUCGGCCCAGCUCUACCACGCCUCGAUCGCCAUCACCGGCAUGACCUGCUCUGCUUGCGUCGGUUCCAUCACCCGCGUGGUCGAGGAGCUCCCGUACGUUCGUUCCAUUGCCGUCUCCCUCUUGACCCACAGCGCCUCGGUUGAGCUUGAAGCCAAGGACAACGUCGACGGCGUCAUUGGAGCAAUCGAGGACGCCGGCUUCGACGCCGGCCUCGACAGCAUUGAAGAAAUCCCGGACCGCAGGAAGUCUGUCCGUCCACCGGCUAUCGACAAGUGGAAGGCCGUCAUUUCCAUCGGAGGCAUGACAUGUAGUGCCUGCACUAAUGCCGUUACCGCCGGUGUCCAGCAGCUCCCCUGGGUCGAGUCCGUCAAUGUGAACCUCUUGUCGCACAGCGCUACCGUCAUCUUCAGCGGAAAGGAAAACACAGACGCUGUCAAGGAGGCAAUCGAGGACUGCGGUUUCGACGCAACCCUGGACAACGUGUCGGAGCUAGUGCAGGAGAAGCAACAAGAUGUCCGUCGCACCGUCAUGAUCCGGAUAGACGGCAUGUUCUGUCACCACUGCCCGUCCAACGUGAUUGACAUCUUGAGCCGCGAAUACAUGGGUGCGGUGCAGGUCGAGGCCGUCCCCACCAUCAAGGAGCCGAUCCUGCAGAUCAGGUACACGCCCAACCUUGGCCAGAACUUCACCAUCAGGCACAUCCUCAAGACCAUCUCGGAUGUCAACCCCGCUCUUGAGCCUUCGAUCCACCACCCUCCGACUAUCGAGGAGCGAGCGCGCCAUUUGCAUGCCCGUGAACGGAAGAGGAUCCUUCUGCGUCUCGGCCUUUGCGUCGCUGUGGCCAUCCCCACCUUCAUCAUCGGCAUUGUCUUCAUGAGUCUUGUGUCGAGCAAAAACCCUGCGCGUAUGUUCCUCAUGGAGCCUAUGUGGUCGGGUGGUGUCAGCCGGACUCAGUGGGCCCUGUUCAUCUUGGCCACACCUGUCUACUUCUUCGCAGCCGACACAUUCCACAAACGAGCCAUCAAAGAGGUUCGCGCACUGUGGCGACGUGGAAGCAGGACGCCUGUUCUUCAGAGGUUCUAUCGUUUUGGCAGCAUGAACAUGCUGAUGUCUCUCGGCACCAGCAUCGCCUACUUCGCAUCGAUUGCCGAGCUUGGCCUCAGCGCCACCGGCACCGAACACGUCGACGAGGAGAAUUACUACUUUGACUCGGUUGUUUUCCUUACCAUGUUCCUGCUCUUGGGAAGAUUCCUCGAAGCAUACAGCAAGACCAAGACUGGGGAUGCUGUGACUGCUCUUGGAAACCUUCGCCCCACCGAGGCCAUACUCGUCGACACUGUCCAGAUGAAGGACCAGAAGGUGAGCGUCGACCUGCUCGAGGUUGGUGAUGUCAUCAGGGUCCAGCAUGGAAGCACGCCGGCCUUUGACGGCACCAUCAUGGACGCAUCCGCCAAGUUUGAUGAGUCAAGCCUGACGGGAGAAGCGCGGCUGGUGUCCAAGGAAGUUGGCGAUACCGUCUUCGCCGGAACCGCGAACAAGGGCAGCCCGAUCCAGGUGAAGCUGACGUCCAUCUCCGGCUCUUCAAUGCUCGACCAGAUCAUCAAGGUCGUCCGUGAGGGCCAGACUCGCCGCGCUCCCGUUGAGCGGGUUGCCGAUAUGAUCACUAGCCACUUCGUCCCCGUUGUCGUCUCUAUUGCAAUCAUGACAUGGGUCAUCUGGCUUUCGCUUGGGCUUUCUGGGGCACUCCCGCAAGACUACCGUGGCAACCACUCGGGCAGCUGGGAGCUUUGGUCUCUACGGUUCGCCAUCGCUCUGUUCGUCGUCGCCUGCCCCUGUGGCAUCGGUCUUGCUUCUCCGACGGCACUUUUCGUGGGUGGUGGUCUUGCCGCCCGGUACGGUAUUCUGGUCAAGGGCGGUGGCGAAGCUUUCCAGGAAGCGAGCGCCCUUGACUGCAUCGUCUUCGACAAGACUGGCACCCUGACUCAGGGAGGCGACCCUGCAGUUACUGACGCUGAGCUCCUGUCGCCUCUGCAAGAGGAUGAAGUGUGCGGCCUUGCCAAGCGUCUCGAGGAGAGCAGCAGCCACCCUAUCGCCACUGCCAUUUCAACCUUCUGCGGCUCCAAGAAGAUGCGCGAGUACCAAGUCAUCGACAUCCAGGAGAUUCCCGGCAAGGGCCUCAAGGGCACAUUCAAAACCGCGGACCCCGAGCCCCGGAUCGUUGGAGCCAUCAUCGGCAACGAAUCCCUCCUCGUCGACCACAACGUGCAUGUCCCCGUCGCCACCCUCGGUGUCCUGGAUGGCUGGAAGCGCCAGGGCAAGUCAGUGGCCCUCAUGGCCACGUCGGUCUCUCCGGUUGACGGGCCCUGGACGCUCACGGCCGACUUCGCCAUCGCCGAUGCCCUCCGGCCCGAGGCCCGCGACACGGUGGCGGCGCUGCAGGCGGGCGGCAUCGACGUGUGGAUGUUGUCGGGCGACAACCCGACGACGGCGGUGGCGGUGGGCGCGCAGGUGGGCAUCCCGAGCUCGAACGUGAUCGCGGGCGUGUUGCCAGACCAGAAGGCGGAGAAGAUCCAGUACCUGCAGAGGACGCUGGGCAGCAAGAAGAAGAAGAAGAAGAACACGGGGCGGGCGACGGUGGCCAUGGUCGGCGACGGCAUCAACGACUCGCCCGCGCUGACCAUGGCCGACGUCGGCAUCGCCAUCGGCUCGGGCUCCGACGUGGCCAUCUCGUCGGCCGACUUCAUCCUCAUGACCAGCUCGCUCGAGUCGGUCCUGACGCUCGUCCAGCUCUCGCGCAAGGUCUUCCGCCGCGUGUGGUUCAACUUCAUGUGGGCCGGCGUGUACAACCUGUGCGCCAUGCCCAUCGCUGCCGGCGUGCUGUAUCCCCUCACCACGGCGAGCGGCAGCCACAUCAGGCUGGAUCCUGUCUGGGCCAGCUUGGCCAUGGCCAUGAGCAGUGUGAGCGUCGUGUGCAGCAGUUUGAUGCUGAGGAGUAAGAUCCCUGGUGUGGGGUUCAGGCCGAAGACCUAG